AUGUCGAGCCAAGCAGCCACUGCAGCUGUAAAUGCGCCGGCUUUCACACUGCCCCCUUCAGCUGAUGUGGGCUUAAAUAUCUUGCCAAAUAUCAAGGACCCGGAAGCUGUCGAUCCCCAAGCUACGUGUCCAGGAUACAUGGCGUCCAAUGUUCAGGUCACCGAGAGCAGCUUGACUGCAGAGUUGACCCUCGCCGGCCCUGCCUGCAACGUAUAUGGAAACGACAUUGAACAUCUAACCCUCUCCGUUGAGAUCCAGGCAGAUGACCGGGUCCAUAUUCAAAUCCAGCCUCGCUUUAUUGGGCCUCAGAACGAGACCUGGUUCAUCCUGCCAGAGGUGCUCGUUCCACGGCCCUCAGAUAACGCUGGUCAAUGUCGAACAUCUAGCAAUAGGAGCCGAAUGUCUGUCUCAUGGUCAAAUGACCCGACUUUCUCCUUCACUGUGGCGCGCAUGGACACCGGAGAUACCCUUUUUUCGACCAAAGGCACCAGGCUCGUUUACCAGGACCAGUUCAUCGAGUUCGUCUCGUCGCUUCCCGAGAACUACAACCUGUACGGUCUCGGUGAGGUCAUUCACGGAUUUCGCCUAGGGAAUAACCUGACGAGAACCAUUUAUGCCGCCGACGUCGGCGACGUAAUUGAUGCCAACAUUUAUGGCAGCCACCCCAUUUACCUUGACACCAGAUAUUUCACCGUCGGGGACUCAGGGAAUUUGACUUACGCUCCUUAUGCCACAGACAAGGCUACGAGAUACGUUUCAUACACGCAUGGAGUGUUUCUCAGGAAUGCCCAUGCACAGGAGGUUCUCCUGAAGCCGUCAGGCAUCACAUGGCGGGCGCUAGGUGGAACCAUUGAUUUGUACUUUUACAGCGGUCCGAAAGCUGAAGAUGUGAUGAAGGCCUAUCAACAGACCAUGACAGGGUUACCCGCCAUGCAGCAGUACUGGACUUUAGGGUUCCAUCAAUGCCGCUGGGGGUAUGAGAACUGGACUGUUGUCGAGGAUGUCGUUGACAACUUUGCCAAGUUUGAGAUUCCUCUGGAGACCAUCUGGACCGAUAUUGACUACAUGAAGGGUUACCGGAACUUCGAGAAUGACCCCGUACGGUACAGCUACGACGAGGGUGCGCAGUUCUUGUCCAAGCUGCAUGCCAACCAUCAGCACUAUGUACCAAUAAUUGAUGCUGCAAUUUACGCUUCCAACCCUAACAAUCCCAACGACGCCUACCCUCCCUAUAAUCGCGGAGUUGAGGCCGAUGCUUUCCUCCUGAACCCGGACGGAUCCACCUAUAUCGGAGCUGUGUGGCCAGGCUACACUGUAUUUCCCGACCUGGUCGGCGCAGUCCUGAAUGGCACUGGCGGCAUUGACUGGUGGAUAAACGAAGUAUCACUCUGGUCUGAAAAGGUGGCAUUCGACGGGAUAUGGAUUGACAUGUCCGAGGUCGCCUCAUUUUGUGUCGGGAGCUGCGGUACUGGGAAUUUAACUCUCAACCCGGCUCACCCGCCGUUCCAGUUACCCGGAGAACCGGGAAAUCUGGUUUUGACAUAUCCCGAGGGUUUCGAACGCACCAACUCCUCAGAGGCGAUGGUGGUCUCAUCCGCGCUAAAUGCACUUCCAACCCCUACCGGGGCUGUCGCCACCACGACGUCGUACCUCCAUACCAAGCCGACACCCGGAUCGAGGAACGUCAACUGGCCGCCGUACGCCAUCAACAACAAUCGCGGCGACUUGGCCGUUCAUGCCGUAAGCCCGAACGCCACACACCACGGCGGCACUCUUGAGUACGAUUUCCACAACCUCUAUGGCCAUCUGCUCCUCAACGCAACCUACCAAGCCCUUCUGAAUGUUCAUAAUGGAAAGCGGCCCUUCAUUAUCGGGCGAAGCACGUUUGCUGGGUCAGGCAAGUGGGCAGGCCAUUGGGGCGGCGACAACUAUUCUCUUUGGGCGUACAUGUACUUCGGCAUCCCGCAGGCCUUGUCCUUCUCCAUUUUUGGCAUCCCCAUGUUUGGUGUCGACGCGUGCGGGUUCGGCGGCAACACCGACUACGAGCUGUGCUCGCGCUGGAUGCAGCUCAGCGCUUUCUUCCCUUUUUACCGCAACCACAACGUCCUCGGCGCCAUCAGCCAGGAGCCCUAUCGUUGGGAGAGCGUCGCGACAGCGACCAAGGCGGCCAUGCGUAUCCGCUACGCGCUCCUUCCGUACUUGUACACCCUCAUGGUCCAGGCGAGUAGAGACGGGAGCACCGUGAUGCGGGCGUUGGCAUGGGAAUUCCCCAACGAGCCCUGGCUGGCGGAUGCCGACAGACAGUUCAUGCUCGGCAGCGCCGUCAUGAUUGUGCCGUGUCUUGAGCAGGGUGCGACGACAGUGGGCGGCCUGUUUCCCGGGGUUGGUGACGGGACGGUGUGGUAUGACUGGUACGAAUUGAAGGCCGUGAAGGGCGUCCAGCCGGGGCAGAAUGUCACCAUUGAUGCUCCGCUUGGCCACAUACCCGUUUAUCUGCGCGGAGGGAAUGUGGUUCCCAUCCAGGAACCUGGCAUGACUACCGCCGAGAGCCGGGGAAAUCCCUGGGGGUUGAUCGUCGCGCUCGAUCACUGCGGGCAGGCAGAGGGGCGUCUGUACCUUGAUGACGGCGAGAGCUUGGAGCCAAGUGCGACCACGUGGGUCCAGUUCUCCGCCACGAACAGUUCAAUUUCUGCCGACCCUCGCGGCAACUUUGUUGACAAGAUUCCGCUUGCCAAUGCUACCAUAUUGGGGCUUGAGCAUCGCCCGUCAUGGGUGUGGCUCGAUGGUGUGACGCUCGGUUCGUCGUAUUGGAGUUACUGCGAGAAUACGGGCGUCCUGUCUUUGAGUGGGCUGAAUGACAAGUUCUUGGGCGGCGCGUGGGCGAACAAAUGGGAGAUCCAUUGGGAGUAG